AUGAGUUUAGAGCGACGUCUGGCAGCGAACCCGGAGUUGAAAGCGCAGUACAGUGAAUUUAUACACGAGUAUCAAGCUCUUGGUCAUAUGAGCGAAGUCGUCGAAGAUACUUCAGACACCGUUUACUACCUGCCACAUCACGCUGUUUUGAAACCUGACAGCACGACUACGAAGCUGCGCGUAGUGUUUGACGCUUCAUGUCGAACUAGCUCAGGGUACUCUCUGAACGAUGCUCUAAUGGUCGGUCCUGUCGUACAAGACGAUUUGUUGGAUGUUAUACUCAGAUUCCGUCUACAUCGUUACGCACUAGUCGCGGACAUCGCAAAAAUGUACCGCAUGGUGCAAGUUCAGCCUGCCGAUCAGCCUCUGCAAAAGAUUCUAUGGCGAGAUUCAUCAGCAGAACCCAUCAAAAUCUUCCAAUUGACUACGGUCACGUAUGGCACGGCUUCCGCGCCGUAUUUGGCGACAAAAUGUUUGCAGACAUUAGCAGAAGUGGCCAACAGACACACCCUAUUGCUGCGAAGGUGGUCCGGCAGGAUUUUUAUGUAG